UUCACAUAUUAUGCUACAGGACACAACUUCAUAACAUGUUUUUGCAACAUGGUGUCACAACUCCACCAAAAUGGCUCAUAUUUAAGCCUAUUUACAUUUUCCUUGUUAUUCACAUUGCUAAAGAUUUCCAAUGUAGAAAAUAUCACUCUAUCUCAUGUAACAACGUCACAAAAAACAGGGAAAACCAAUAGGGUAGACUUCUUCUCCAAUGAAACUGAUUUGAAUCCUGGUGACAAUCUACAUCAAGUGGUUCGACUUGAAAAGGGAGAUACUUUGUUUUUCACUUGUGGAUCAGAUGAUAUAUUCAAAAACGGAACCGUUGAACGUUUUCCAAAAAACCCCUUAAAAUACACCUUACCAUCUCAAGGUGAGUACGAAGGAACAAAAGGACUUGCUCAUGAACUUCCUAACCACAAUAUAUUUCGUAGUGAUGUAGAUAUCAUAUCGUCGUACGAGGAUGAACACAAUGGCACGAGAUUACGAAUUAAAUAUCCAAGUAGUGCCGUUAUCAUGGCUAAAAGGCCAGAUAACUUUACACUCAACUACGCUUGUAAGUACCAACCUCAUGAUGAUACAAAACCAGCUAGUUUCAAAUUUUUAGAAGUAAGGUUUGAUGACGUAUAUCCCAUGGCAUAUGGUUGUGAGAGUAGUGAUAGUGCUCUGUUUCUAAAUGGCAUACCACAAGAGGAUGAAUCAAUCAGUAUCAAACGUCAAAGGCGACUCUGCUAUAUAGACCCCAUCCCAAAUAUGAUUAUUGGCAUUUAUUGUAAGCCAGGAGACCAUUUAUAUCCUUCAAGAUGUUUCCAAGAAGCUGUUUUAGAUGCCCAAGGAUUCACCAUCCGCUUCAAUAAGAGUUAUAUUGACCCCGAUUUUCCGUAUCAGGAAUUCCCGGAAAGAUUCAGGCUUAUCAAGCUUAGCCAUGAUUUUGACAAAAAAGCUCCUAUAUCCUGUUCGUGCGUCGAUAGGAACGGAAAAAUGACAAAAAAGCUAAUAAUUGAAAAGCCUAAGAAUGCAGAAGUAAACAUUAUGAAUCUGGUGAAUCGUGGCAUUGUAAGUUUGAACAAGCCACCAUAUUUACUAUCAUAUAUACUUUCCCCAGGAAUGCAUCUUACAUUUUUGGUUAACAACAGUUCAAUAAAACUACGCAAUGGUGAAGAGGCAUAUGGUUGGAUAUCACCUAAGAAUGCCGUACAGGAUAUUGGAAUGAUUGCUGAUGACGGUAAACUAGUUGAGAUACCGUUGAGCGAUGCUAUUGGAAGUAAAGGGUUUUACGUUGGAAGAACAGAACUGUACAAUGGUGUAAGUUAUAGAUUUGUAUACGACGAUAAUGGCAUUGUCGUUCUAAAAAAGCCUGACAGAGUAAUUUCAUACGGUUGGGUUAUGCUAGACAGCAGAAACAAUGCUCGUACGCAUUUAGGUUUAGCGCUGGCUAUGUAUAUAGUGCCUACAGAUCCCUAUACCUAUGGUUGUGGUGUUGAUAGUGCUGAUCUAUUUCAUAAAGAAGGAUUUCUCUUAUCAUUCGAAUAUGAUCAAGUGCCUGUAACUAAAUGCAAGGUCAAUCCUUACUUAUCUAGUCCUGUUGGAUUUUACUGUCCUGAAGGUUUCGUGCUGGAGCCACCCAACUGCUUCAGUGAGAUGCUUCACAAAGAUAAGGAGGUCGUGGUGCCACUAUCUGAUUUCGAACCACUGGCCAGAGCAUUGGAAGGGCGGCAUAUAAAGGUUGCGGAUUUCCAUACGUCAACGAGUAACCGGGAUCAUAUACGAUACUCUUCAGUAGAGCUCAUGUGCCGUUGUCUCGAUAGAGAAGGGAAAGUACAUGCCAGCAUAACUCUAGACCUUCGUAAACCGAGGACAAGGCAACUGGGGAACAUCAAUAAAGCAUUUUAAUAAAUACAAAAUGAUAGGGAUUGGCUUUACAUAUCAGGCACAUUUGUUAGCAUGCGGUGUGCUUGAUAAAUAUAGU